UUUUCAGGUCUGACAUUCAGCAGCCUAACACCGGAAGGAAAAGUGGUGAUAACUCAGGAGAAAUCUCGACAUCGUACAGCGUUGCUUGCCCAUCUUAAUGCUAUGAAAGAGACGUUCGAUGAGAAACUCAAUUAUAUUAUUCAAAUUGAACACAUCAUGACCAGCAUAGAGGCAAUCUCCAACUUUAUGGACAAAGAGAUUCAAUUUCUCAAUGUGUUUGGAAUUCUCGACAUGAAUCGAUCUCUAAUCACAGAAUGCCAUGUGAAUAAGUAUAGAUUUCAUUUAACGCCUUAUGUGCAAUAA